AUGGGGCUCUUUCUGCACAACACAGGAUUAUUUCCCAUUUGUCUCCCUCUUCCAGAUCUCCGGAGGCGGCUUGAGCAGGGAGAGCUCCUUCAGCCUCUUUUGUUCACCUUGCUGGUUCUCUGUUCCGUCGUCCUGUAUUUUGUCGUGUCGCUCAUGAACCCAGGCUACGUGGAGGAGAGCGAGGACGAGAAGGACUCAGUGACCGGAGAAGAGAAAGCCAAAACAUUCUCUCAGGAUCCCAGCGUUCGUCUGAGGCGGUGUGGAUACUGCAUGGUGAAGCAACCUUUGCGAGCCAAGCACUGCCAGGCCUGCCAGCAGUGCGUCCGUCGCUACGACCAUCACUGUCCUUGGAUUGAAAACUGCAUCGGGGAGAGGAAUCACCCACUUUUUAUACUCUAUUUGGGGGUGCAGCUCGCCGUCCUGCUCUGGGCUCUGCAGCUGGCUUGGUCCGGCCUGAAUUUCCAGCCGUUCUCCUGGGUCUGGUUUCAGUGCCACCUGCUCCUCCUCCUCUCCUUCCUGCUCCUCCUCAUCUGCACGGUGGUUGCGACGCUGCUGCUGGGCUCCCAUCUCUACCUCGUCUCCUGCAACACCACCACCUGGGAGUUCAUCUCCCGCCAUCGCAUCUCCUACCUGAAACACUGCAAGGUGGAGAACCCCUUUGACCAGGGGGUCCUCCUCAACCUCUGGAGGUUCUUCUGCGCGUGUCGCCUGGUGGCCUGGCUCUUUGAGAUGGGAGGCCUCCUCUCGCUCAACCACACUUCCGCCCUCCUAGAGCUCUCUGCCUAG